AUGUACUACUUCUUGGUCGUGCAAGUGCUGCAGUUCCCCAUGAUGUUGUGUUAUAUUCUUGGCAAAGAUGUGGUGAGCUACGCUAUGUACGAGGUAGCGGACUGCAUAUUGCUCAGUGUGCCGCUGAUUAACGCCAUUAUGUUUGGCGUAAUGCAUUUGGGAGAAUCUCGAUUUCCUAAAGAUGAAGAUGAGCUGCGGGACAACCAGACUGUGUUGCAGUCUUCUAGUUACAGUUUGCGACACGCAGAACGGCAUCGAGAUCGCUUGGGUGCAGGUCAAUCAGCGAGUGGCGGCAACAAUGGUGUUGCGAAUGCAUUAGCUGUGUCCUACCGUGCUGUGUUUGGAAGUAGCGUUGCAAUCAAUAAUACUGGAAAAGAAUUGAUCAAGGGCACGUAUGUGGUCAACGAGGCGGUGACAGUGGAAGAGCUGACUGGAUUAUCCAAUGUGUCGUUUAUUGCAGAAGGAGCUGCUGGCAGCGUCUACAAGGCCCAUUGGCUGGGUAUUGAGGUGGCAAUGAAAGUCAUCAAACUUCCUAGUGCAGGAGCAGUAGGUAUGGUAGACGCGGAGCUUUACCGCACAAUCAUACAGAACUCAGAGGACGCGUUUAUCGAAGAGGCCAAAUUGUGCUCUCGACUGCGUCAUCCGAAUAUUACGCUGUUUAUACGAGCCGGAUACUUUGAGGGCAAAUUGGGCAUUCUGACGGAGUACUGCUCAAGAGGAAGUUUGAAGGAUGUGCUCAAGUGUCAUUAUCCACUAGGGUGGCGGCGCAAGGUGGCGCUAGCUCUUCACACAGCAAAAGGGCUGACGUAUUUGCAUGCGUGCAACCCAACGUAUAUUCACCGCGAUCUCAAGGCAUCUAACAUUCUUGUCACUGAGACGUGGCAGGCCAAGCUGGCGGAUUUCGGCAUUUCGAAGGUGUCAAAUUUUGUCAACCGCGUCCGGUACAGCGAGCGAACCGUCAACAGAGCCGAGCAGGAUUCGAGUGUUUUGGAUGAAGUCACAUCAUUUGCCGGCACGUGGCGCUGGAAUGCUCCAGAGAUCUUGCAAGACCCGCACAAUUGUCGGUACAGUCGUGCAACGGAUAUGUAUUCAUUCGGUAUGGUGCUGUGGGAAAUUGCCUCUGAUGGUGCUGUUCCCUUCAGCGACAAUAGGUUUGAUUUUGAGGUGCGCAAGAAGGUUCUCGCAGGACAACGGCCGCCAAUCAACUCUAGGCAAUGCUGUCCACAGCGCUUUGCGCAACUAAUUGACGAGUGCUGGGCACAGGACCCAGCGCAUCGUCCAUCAGCCCCCCAAACUGCCGAAAUUUUGAACACCAUAUUGGACGCGAUGUCGAAAGGCUCGAGUGAUUUCGCCACAAUGGCGUCAGUGUCAGGAUCCGAGUACACGAACAGCAUGUUCUCGUCACUACGACACGGUGACGGCACCUCCGAUCUGGAUUACCGUCCCAGUUCUUUCAUGGGGCAGCGCAUCACGAACUUUUUCCGCGGUCGCUUCUCUGCUUUGAGUAGGACGAGCAGUGCGAUGAGCGAAGAGUAUCAUGAUCACCAGGGCCACGACCAGUUUUACAAGUUUGCGUCUCCCUAUGCUGGUACAGAAAGCAUUAGUAUGCUGAGCGCUCGAGGUAGUGCCGCAGUGGAAGUAAGUCCGGCAAACUUCGAGUCCUCGGGUCUGCCAAUUGUGGGUCUUCCGAACGAUAGCCGACGUGGCGAUGGUGUGGUUGGAGGGAGACUGUCAUCUUUGGACGAGUACGACAUUGAGACGUUCGGUAACAUGCCCGACCUAACUGCUGGUGUGAGAACGACGAACGGUAAAAAAAUGGCUGACGGAGGUCCCUCCUUGUUGUCGCUGCCCCGCCCGGUUGAUUAUGGUGGUGGCAGACGUGGAGGAGUUAGACGAAGCGAAGAUCCACGACCAUCAAAAGACGCACCUGCUGAGUUUGCGCGAAGUGCGAACGGCCGGAUACGCAACUUUCCGUACUGA